UCUUCCCUCUUCAAGGGACCCCACUCCUAUUUCUAUUGUUCUAUUGUUCUAUUCUAACUUAAUACUGAUCUAUUCAACAAUUACGAGUUUGGUAAAAUACAGUUUUUGUUGGUUCGUUUCAGAUACUGCAGGAAAAGAAGGAAACUGCCCGCGACACCAAAACCAACGGAACCGACCUGGACUCAGAACCAGAGACGGAAGAGUUCAAAAAGCCCCAGAUCUUCAUCGAUCAACUGUUGUCGAUAUCGGAUAUUAGCCGAUCAUUUACGGACGAGGAAAUUUUAUGCAACGUCCUUGUCAUCAUGAUUGCGGGAAACGACACCUCAGGAUUGGCGGUCGCAUACGGAUGUCUCUUUUUGGCCAUGUUCCCGCAAAUUCAGGAGCGCGUCUACGCCGAAAUCAUGGAACACUUUCCAAGCGAUGGAAUGGAAAUCACCGCUGAUUCGUUAAGGCUUCUGGAGUACACGGAGCGAUUCCUAAAGGAAACUUUGCGUCACUGUCCGGUGGCAGCGAAUAUUGCUCGGGAGAACAUGAAAGAUAUCGAGCUGGACGGGGUAAUGAUUCCAGCUGGGACCAAGUUUACCGUUAGCUUUUGGGCGUUACAUCGAAGAGCGGAUAUGUGGGGCCCGGAAGUGCAUUCCUUCGAUCCGGAUCAUUUCCUGCCGGAACGAUGCCGGGAUCGGAACCCGAAUGCCUAUAUGCCAUUUAGCACUGGAGCGAGGAAUUGCAUAGGAGGACGAUACGCAAUGCUCAGCACGAAAGUGAUGUUAAUCCACAUCCUGAAAAAUUUCAAAAUAACUACAAAACUGCGAUUCGAGGACAUGCGAUAUAAAUUUGGUAUGACGUUGAAAAUGUCUACGGAUCAUUUGGUUCAGCUGGAAAGAAGAUUUUAGGAGUAUUUUAAAACUAUGUUUAACAAUAUGUGAAAUAAAUCUAACUACCUCAUUUCAAAAACAUAUGUGCCAAAUUUAUCCACAAGUACACCUAUAGUAACAUAGAAAGGCGGUUCAAAAAAACGAUGAGCCUAUACUUAGGGGAACGUCAUUCCGACUGAUGUUUUAUUCGUCAACCCUAUUGGAGACUCAAUCUCUCUAAUAGAUAACUGAAAAUACAUCGCACACCACGCUUAACAUGCUGCGAGCCACCUUACCAGAUUGCAAUGUGUUUCAACCCUGCAACUUAGCUUUGUCCGUUGUUUUAGUUUAGCGUCUGUUGCAUGACUUUGGCAUUGGAGAGCAGCAUGAUUAGAUAUUAGAAAGAGAGAAGUUGCCCCUGUUUUUUUUACAACCAGUUGUGCAUCGAAACAAACGGUUAUAAUGACGCGAUAGGUCUACCCAAGAUAAUAUGCUGGGUUUAGGCCAAUCGUUACUUUUGUCUUAAUUGAUUUG